AUGGAUGGAUGUGUGAUGGGAUGGAUGUAUUGGUAUUGUUUAGCUAUGGGGUAUAUAGGGCAUUACCUAGACAUUGAAAGAUUCGACUCGACUCGAUUCGAAGAGCAAGUAGGUAUCAAGAAUGAACUAGUAGAUACCUAG